GUUUGGACUAAGCAACAAAUUUGAAGCAGAAUUUCCUUCAUCUUUAACUGGAAAGGUUGCACCUGAAGAAUUUAAAGCCAGCAUCAGCAGAGUUAACAGUUGUCUUAAGAAGAACCUUCCAGUUAAUGUACGAUGGCUACUAUGUGGAUGCCUUUGCUGCUGCUGCACUUUAGGUUGUAGUAUGUGGCCAGUUAUCUGCCUCAGUAAAAGAACACGAAGAUCGAUUGAGAAGUUAUUAGAAUGGGAAAACAAUAGGUUAUACCACAAGCUGUGCUUGCAUUGGAGACUAAGCAAAAGGAAAUGUGAAACGAAUAACAUGAUGGAAUAUGUCAUCCUUAUAGAGUUUUUACCAAAGACACCGAUUUUUCGACCAGAUUAG